UCGCAAUGCGUAGUUUCUGAGGUGGGCGUGACCCCGUAAUAGCCUCAGCUAGCUAACCCCUAACGCUAGAGGAAAAUCCAUCCAAGGAAUUUUUACAAAACGAAACCAAAUCGAUUAAAAUAAAACACGGAGAGGACUAUACUUCGCUGCAGGAGGUUUACCUGCAACCCUUAAAAGACCCAUGGCUACCGACAUGCCCAUCGACACGGUGCCAGCUCCUCGGCCUGCCCCAGCCUCGCCCCCUGACCCUGCCCCGGCCUCUAAUCCUGCUCUCAGCCCCAGUGCAGCACAAGACCAGACUGCCACCCAGGAGCCGGCAAAUGGUGAAAUCAUAGGCCCAACAGCAACUUCUUCUGAAAAUGAUGCUGCUCCAGAUCUUUCCCCGGCUCUGCCCACAAACCCAGAUGUGGCCCCAGACGUUGCCCCAAAGGUUGAGCAACCUCCGGCCCCUCUGCCGCCAGCCAGCGCCAAUAACCCCAGCUGUAAAAUCAUGACCUUCCACCCCACCAUGGAGGAGUUCAAGGACUUCGCUAAAUACAUCGUCUACAUGGAGAGUCAAGGAGCUCACCGUGCUGGCCUGGCAAAGGUGAUUCCCCCAGAGGGCUGGAAGCCGCGAAGGUCCUAUGACACCAUUGAAGACAUGGUGAUUCCAGCUCCCAUCAUGCAGGUGGUGACCGGACAGUCGGGUCUCUUCACCCAGUACAACAUCCAGAAGAAGUCCAUGACUGUGAGCGAGUACCGCAAGCUCGCCAACAGUAAAAAGUACUGCACACCUCGGCACAAAGACUUUGACGACCUAGAGAGGAAGUACUGGAAGAACCUGACAUUUGUGUCACCCAUUUAUGGUGCCGAUGUCAGUGGUUCCAUCUAUGAUGAGGACAUUCAAGAGUGGAACAUCGGCCAUCUCAAUACGCUGCUGGAUAUGGUGGAGCAGGAGUGUGGCAUUGUCAUCGAGGGUGUCAACACUCCCUACCUGUACUUUGGCAUGUGGAAGACCACAUUUGCUUGGCACACUGAGGACAUGGACCUCUACAGCAUCAACUACCUGCACUUUGGACAGCCAAAGUCCUGGUAUGCUGUCCCACCUGAGCACGGCAAGAGGCUGGAGAGGCUGGCACAAGGCUUCUUCCCUGGCAGCUCUCAAGGUUGUGACGCCUUCCUUCGCCACAAGAUGACGCUGAUAUCUCCUUCCAUCCUGAAGAAAUACGGCAUUCCUUUUGACAGGAUAACUCAGAAUGAAGGGGAGUUCAUGGUCACCUUUCCUUAUGGCUACCAUGCUGGCUUCAACCAUGGCUUCAACUGCGCAGAGUCCACAAACUUUGCCACCCUGCGCUGGGUGGACUACGGGAAAAUGGCAACCCAGUGUACCUGUCGUAAAGACAUGGUGAAGAUCUCCAUGGACGUGUUUGUGCGCUGCCUGCAGCCUGACCGCUACGAGCUGUGGAAGCAGGGCAAAGACAUCACAGUGCUGGACCACCUCAAGGCCACUGUGCUCAGCAGCCCCGAACUAGAGCAGUGGAGGGAGCAUCGUGUAAACCACCGAGCGAACGUCCUGCGAAGGGCCAUGCAGAAGAUGAAACAGGUUCGUCGACUGAAACUGGAGGAGGUGAAGGUGCUGGCGCAGGAAGGCAUUGAGCUGAAUGCUGCCGAGUACCAGCGUCAGGUGGAGGAGCGCGAGGCCCAGCGGAGGCAGGAGAGAGAGGAGCGUCUAGCCAAAGAGGCCAUGAUGACCCUGGAGGCCAUGGAGCGUGAGGAGCAGGAGGCCGCAGAGGCCGCUGCUAGAGCAGCAGAGAACCCAGCUGUAGAGGCAGAAGAACCCGAGGCCAAACCGCAGAACCCGACGGAGGAUACUGAGAAAAAGAAGCAGAAAAAGCAAAAGAAGAUGUCAAAUAGCAACAACUCCAUCACCGGGUUUGAGGCAGCAUUCGAGCAGUUUGCUACAUCCGGCAUUAAGAAUUCAAAGAACACCACGAUCAGUCACCCAGAGGUGGGGAACCCUCUGACUCCGAGACAGAGUGACAUCCCAGCAGACAACAAGCUGGAUGUGAGUGCCACCCAGGCAUGCUACUCCAAGGUGAAGAUGCCAAAAGAGGUGAAGAUACCAAAAGAGGUGAAGAAGCCAAAGGAGGUGAAAAAGAGCCGCCGUCACCCCCUCAGCAAGCCGCCCAUGCGCUCCCCUCUGUCCAUCCUCAAGCAAGACCCCACCAGCGACAAAGAGCUGUCAUCCCCCAUGCCGCUGGACAGCGACAUGAAGAAGCAGGAGCACCUGUGGCAGAAUCACUCCCCCAACUUCCUGGCGGAGAAGGCCUUUAAUGCUGCAGUGGCAGCACUCCAACCACACUGCGCGAUCUGUUCACUCUUCUGUCCCUAUACAAAGGCACACAAAGAUGUUAUUCUUGCAAAGGACAACCAGCGCACCUCCCUUCCCCGUCUGACUCGUCCCCUGGUCCCAGAGAUGUGUUUCAGCAUUGGUGCAGGCAACACCGAGCCUCCGCCCACCAACUAUCACAUCGGAGAGGACGGAACCAGUCCUCUGCUCUGCUGUUCAUCUUGCCACAUGCAGGUUCAUGCCAGCUGUUACGGUGUAAAGCCAGACGCUGUGAGGGAUUCCUGGAUGUGCUCCAGGUGUGCAGCAGGAGCCUGGAUAGUGGAGUGUUGUCUCUGUAACUUGCGGGGAGGAGCUUUGAAGAUCACCACAGACAACAGGUGGGUCCACGUCAUCUGUGCCAUCGCUGUGGCCGAAGCUCGCUUCGUCAACGCCAUGGAGAGGGAGCCAGUGGACGUCACUGCCGUUCCAGAUACACGUAAGAAUCUGAAGUGUGUGUUCUGCCAUGGCAAGACUGCCAAUCAGAACCGCGGUGCCUGCAUCCAGUGCUCAUAUGAGAACUGUGCCACCUCCUUUCACGUCACCUGCGCCCAAAUCGCUGGAGUAGCCAUGACGCCUGCAGACUGGCCCUACGUGGUGUCCGUCACCUGCCACAAGCAUAAAAGGGUACCUCAGAAGCCUCGGACAGCCCCCAAAGGCCCGCAGCCUCUGAUUCUGGGCCAGAGGGUGAUUGGUCGCAACAGUGAUGGCUGGUACUACCACUGCACCAUCAUUGGCAUGGCAACGCAGACGUUCUACGAAGUCAACUUUGACGACGGCUCAUACUGUGACAACCUGCACCCAGAAAACAUACUUAGUCAUGACUGCCUGCAUACCGGUCCUCCUGAGGUGGGGGAGUUGAUUGUGGUCAGUACGCCCGAGGGACAGGUCGUCAACGCUUCGUUUGUCAGACAGCACACCCACAAGUUCUACCAGGUUGAGUUUCUGGAUCAGAGUCAGCUGAUACUAAAACACUCAGAGAUCCAUCAGCUGGACCUGGAACUGCCCAAGAGAGUCCGAGCCAGACUGGCCAUACCUGUCCCACAGGAAGAGGUUUCCUCAGCAGAUGAAGCUCAAGCAGCCAAACGUCGCUGUCUGCCCUCAGGCUCAGCCGCACCUGCUGAAACCCCCAUGGAGACAACCGACACAGCCGCCUGCCCCCUAACUACAGCCCCGGUAGCAGCACCAGCAGCAGAACAUCACAGUAUUAAUACACUGCCGACCUCACAACCCCUAUCCCAGUCCACUACGACCACACACGAUGCCCCCGCCCCAACCAAUGGUAUUAAGAUGGAGGCAGAGAGCCCGAUGGACACGAGCGUCGCCCUCACUGACGCUCUAACGGAGUCAACCCUGGCCUCGGACCCCACGCCUACUCCGCAGACCCCUUUUUCAGUCGACGUUUCCUACAUGGAGACCCUCCUCAAUUCACAUUUCCCUCAGGACAAUAGCCCCAACGCAGCCCUGUAUUAAAAACCAACUCCACUAUAUUAUUACUUGGCCAAUGGAGGCUGAGCCAAUAGGAAGUAAGCUAAUGGAGGUGGAUUCUACUGAGUGCUGUGUUAAUGGACAAAAACAUUUCCUCCACCGGCUCUGAGAGCUCACUGCGGAGCAGGAAAAGACACACAAGCACUCUUUUAAUGCAUGUUACUUUUUCUAUUUUUGAGUUAAUGUAUUUGCUGUGGUGCUUUGGCUUGCUCUGAAGCAGCAGCUAAGGAAGGCUUUUUUAUUUUUAACAUUAUUAUUAUUUGUUGUUUUUUAGACCUUUUGGGGUUUUUCUGUUUUUGGUCAGCUGCUGUGCUUUCCUCCUCCAUCUUAAUAUGAAUACAUCUCUGGGUGGUAUCAACUCCAUACCUCGUUGCAUUAAUAAAAUAACAGCACACUCCCAUUAUCUUUUGUACAGGAAGCUAAUUACUAUGACAGCCUCUCAGCAUUGAGGCCCCAGAUGGACUUCACCUCUUUUUUUUUCCUUUUUUCUAAUUCAGAUAACCAGCAACAAAAUAUCUAUUUUUCAAUCCAGCCACUUGUGGCUUUGAAACUGUUUGGUGGAACUGAAGUGUCACAUUAUCCAUCUACAGGAUAUUUUCCGUAAGGUGUUUUAUUGUUGAACUGCAAGAGGUAAACGGGGGAAAUGGGGUUAAAAAAAAAUGUAUCGUAGGGGGAACUCAGUAUUUAAAUGUGUUAGUCAUAUAUUGAAAGAAUUAUUUGUAAUAGAAGAAACAUGUUGAAUGCAAACACUAGUAGAUUUGUCUGCAGGAUGCAUUGAAUUUUUGUGAAGAUGUGUCACGGUAGUUAACUGAUGAGAUGUAUUGUCAUUAUAAUUCAAACUGUCAUUUGGCAGCUCCACUUUUCACACCCAAAACUGUCUCAGGGUUCCUACAUGUGGAAAAUAAAUUUCAUUUUAACAUCAAAGUCUUCACACAGUUAUGAGAGUACAGAACAGCCAGGCAAAUAUUCCUCAGUCACAAUUGGCACUUGAAUGCUUAUAUUGUCAUAUUUGCUCCUGUCAACAGUUUGUCCACUAUGAUGAGUGAUAAAUUUAUUUACUGUCACCAUUCUCCUAUUAUCACAUGAACUGGCCAAAUCAUGAGGUCAGAGUCUGGAAAAUGUCUGCUAUUUGGAAAAAGUCAAUUAUGUAUAUGUAGGAACCCUAAAAUCUGGAAAUAUUUUGUACCAUUCUUGGUUUAAAUUGUAUGUAUAAGUCAAUAUUGUAUAUUAUUAAUGUCUGUUUUUUCUAUUACUGUAUCCUUUCUAUGUUCAUUUUCAAUUGAAUUCACAAACUUGGCUGAUCUAAAACAAUAACUUUAUUUUUGACAGAUUUUCACAGGCCUAUUGCUCAGUUUGUACUAGUACUUGUACAUCUUUCGUUUUCUGGAUAUGGCAAUUUUUGCUUCAGAGGUGCUACAGAGACAUUAAACUACUGAUGAACUGAGUUUCUCAACACUGUCACCAUGUACAUACCGCAGGCCUUGUGUAUUGUGAAUCACAUUUGUAAAUGUCCCGCAUAUACCUUUCUUUUCCAUUUUUUCUGUCACCACAACUGAAAUGUUGGGACACAAACGUGUUCCUGUAUCCAAAUGCUAUCCAUCAAAAAAAAUCUUAUUUCAUAGGGAUUAAAGUGGGUUGCUAGUCG